AUGACAAUGGCGAACUGUUCUGUUUUAUCAAAAUUUAAGGAAAGUUACUUUAUCAAAUCAACACCGGAUGCUUUUCAAUCACCGCAACAUGUUGCUCUAAACGCGAAAGGGUCGAUAUUUUAUGCGUUAAAGUAUCAAAUUGAGCCGAGAAUUGAAGGUGAACCGCCGCAAUUUAUUUUGGCAUUAGUUAUUAACGAAAUCUGCAAAUACCAUGUUCUUUCUGGUGAUCACAUUUCAUUUGCGAUUGACGAAGAUUUUGAGAUUUCUCGACUGGUUAGGAUAUUUGAAAUGUACGUGUUGGGGGAUAAUCAUGUCGUUGUUGUGGGAUAUGAGCCCGAGCGAUAUCAUUUCACGCAAACCGUAUUCCAUCUUGACGUUUCUACCAAAAAGGCGCUGAUAGUUGGAAUAAGAACUCUAACAGUUUCUAGGGUCAUUGGGCCGCCUUUCAUAAAUUUAAGUUUGCUCGAUCGGGGCCGAAUUCUUCUUUGCGGUGUUCGCAGUUCGGAAUUUGGGAGAAAUAUUCGCCUUGCUAUCAGCAUUGCGGCGAAUCCAUUAGAAAUGGACCUUAGAAAAGAUGAGGAUUUAUCCGGUCUCGUUGAAGAUUUCAAUAAGUUCCUCUCGAGUGCAAAUGGCGCCGAGAAUGAGAAAUUAAUGUCAGUUUUUGUGCUAAGUAUGGAUGAGGAAAGUAUUAUUCUUCUACUCUCAAAGUGUAGUGAUUGUUUAACCCUAGCGGCACUGAAAACCCUAAAAAUUCGAAAUGGUAGCGUUUGGAUAAAUGUUGCCGUUCCCGAUUAUGAAAAAUUAAAAACGUUUUAUUGGCGAGUUCGAUUAAUCUAUGUUCGAAUAGUUCUACCUGGAAUGGUGCCAUCGUACAGCCCAGCGAAAUUAUUCCAUCUUUAUUAUUUGGAUUUGAAUAAUCGACGGUUUUUGAAAGUUCCCCAUCGUCCUAGAUGUGAAGAAACUAGCGAUGAUCAGCAAGACAGCAAUUUUAGUACUAUGUUCGAUGUCGAUGCAAGAGGAGGAGUUCUGAUUAUUGAUCAACCUAAUUCGAACUUGCAGAAUCACGCGGUUUCAUAUUAUCCAAAUCCAACGCGACCACGAAGUUUACAUCAAAUUUCGAUGUAUACAGCUUACAGAAAUUAUCCGGCUUUUGAGAAAUCUAGUUUGCUUCGCCGAAUGACCGGAAUGCUUGAAUGGAACUGGAAAAUUAAAUAA